AUUGGGCUUGUCAUUUUCCUCUGGGUCACCAUGCAAGGUCUCACGGCUGCCCUCCUCGCCUGGGCUCUGCUUCACCCCGGAGGUGGUGGUGGUGAAGCCUGGCCCACACACACAGCCUGCAGGGACGGCGGCUUGGAAGUGCUCUACCAGAGCUGUGAUCCACUCCAAGACUUUGGCUUUUCUAUUGACCAGUGUUCCAAACAAUUAAAAUCGAAUCUCAACAUUAGGUUUGGACUCAUUCUAAGAGAGGACAUCAAAGAGCUGUUUUUUGACAUAGCUCUCCUCACAAAAGGAUCAUCCAUUUUGAAUUUCUCCUAUCCUGUCUGUGAAGGGGAUCAACCAAAGUUUUCUUUCUGUGGACGAAGGAAAGGGGAACAGGUUUACUAUGCUGGCCCUGUCAAUAAUCCUGGAUUUAUAGUCCCUGAGGGAGAAUACCAGGUCUUGCUGGAACUGUAUAAUGAAAACCAUUCCAUCGUGGCCUGUGCCAACGCCACUGUCAUUUGCUCCUAAUGGUGUCCUGCAGCUCAACAGCAGUCUGUCUUGUGGAAAUUCCAAGCUCCUCAAACAGAACUUACUGUGUAAGAAAAAUGACAGAGAGAGGCUGUACACAGACUGUUCACCAAAAAGCUUGGGCUAAUCCAAGGCCCAAAACCCAACCUCCCCAAGUUCCACAGUUGUAAUUAAACCCCAGAGAUUAUCAGUGUCUAAGGAGCCUCGUGUUGGUCUCUAAGCAGUGGCAAGGGUCAGUCGUCCUUCUCUAAUUGGUCACCUCACAGCGGUCACCUGCUUCUCAGCUCCUCAGGGGCCCUGCUCCACAGUCACCGGGAAUAAAGAAAGCUGGCCAGCCACUGCUGAUUGUGGGCUGUUCAAAGAGUCUCUGCACAGCGCUGUAUUCCAAGUGUAAUUUCCUCCUGAUGCCGGCACAAUGCAAGCAGUCCUGAGAAAUUCCAAAGGAUGAUGACCAAGCAAAAAUGAGCAGUCUAGGAAGAUGGGCCAUUCCUUCCCCAGGCAGGAACCUAAGCCCCAGGGCCACCAGGGCCGAGAAGUGAUGAAACCUCAUGAAUAGUGAAUUAGUCAAGGUAGCGUGUGUGUUUUUUUUAGCGUGUGUGUAUGUGUGUGUGUGCGUGCAUGCGUGCGUGUGUGUGUGUGUGUGGAGAGAGAGAGAGAGAGAGAUUAAAGACAUUGAUUUCCUGCAGUUGUAUGGGCUGGGAACUCUGAAAUCCGUAGGCAGAUUGAGGGCUUGAAACUCCAGCAGCAUUUCCAUAUUACAUUCUUGAGGCAGAAUUCCUUCUCUUGGAAAACUCAGCUUUUGCUCUUAAGGCCUUCAACUGAUUGGAUCAGGCCCAUCCACAUCACUGAGGGUAAUCUCCUUUACUUAGAGGCAACUAAUCGUAAAUGUCAAUCUCAUCAACAAAAUACCUUCACAGCACCAUCUGACUAGUGAUUGACCAAACCCUGGGCAGCACAGCCAAGCCAAAUGGACGCAUAAAAUCAGCCAUCACAGACAGUGGCAUCAUAAUCUCACUUGAAAUGAAACCUUGAGACCAAAUGCUCACUUCACAUUCAUCCCCGGGAGCAUGACUAUGCCUGACCUCGGGGCACGAUGGCUCUCAUUCAUUCAUUAAGUGAAACACUUUGCACACUCAUGCGCCAGGCACAUGCUCAGCUCCUAGGACACAGAGUGUGCAAACCAGAGUCCCUGGCCUCAUGGAGCUUACAGUCCCCUGAAAUAUUCCAAAGCUCCAUGUCCCCCAGUGGACACAUUCAUUCACAUAGAGCUACGCCAUCUUCCGAGCCCUCGAUAAAGGGCAGGUGGCCUGUCCCGAGGGCAGAAACCAUUUCAGCAGCCCCACCUCCUCCUUCACCGUCACUCCUCUCCCGGGCUGGGCAGAAACACUUGGUGGGCACUGCAGCCCCUCAGCCCUCCUGUGCCCUCCUCUCACCCUCCCUUCCAGCGUCUCUUGUUCCUGCUAGGGGCUGGAGUCAGGUGAGUGGAUUGACUUUAUCAUUUGUAGAUCUUUUAUAUCCAUAAACAUACAGCUAUAUUUGAGAUCAAAAGAUGAAAAAAAAUCCCCAGUUCAAAAAAUUCCAGUUGCUAUUCAUCACUGUGACUACUUCAAAUAACCAAAAAAAUAAAUAAAAACAAAAAACCAAUCCAGUUGCCAUCGAGUUGAUUCUGACUCAUGGCGACCCAAUGUGUGCAGACUAGAGCUGCUCCAUAGGAUUUUCAAGGCUGUGACCUUUCAGAAGUAGAUUGCCAGGCCUUUCUUCUGAGGUGUCUCUUGUGGGUUUGAACCACCAACUUUUUGGUUAGUAUUCGAGCACUUAACCAUUUGCACCACCCAGGGAUUCACUGACCACUCCCAAUCACCUGCUGCCAUUGGGUCGAUUCUAACUCACAGCGACCCUAUAGGACAGAGAAGAACUGCCCCACAUGGUUUCCAAGGAGCACCUGGUGGAUUCGACCUUUUGGUUAGUAGCUGUAGCUCUUAACCACUACACUACUAGGGUUUCCAACGGCUCCAAAUAGCAGGCCAUAAAAUGUCUGGUGAACCGAAACAUCAAAACCAGCAUCUAAGGUUUUUCUGGGUUACGCGGAGAAAAAAUUACAUCAACGUCCUCACCCAGGCCCAUCAUGCUGGGGAGAAAAGCCAUACCAUGGCUACAGCAGGCUCCAGAGGGACCCUGGAACACGCAUGGGGUGAUGACACUGCUAAGUACACAAACAGCAAACGGAAUUUCUGACCCUUCACCACCGUCUAGCUGGAGGCAUUCACCUGGCUCCCUUGUCAGUAAACACCUCUGCAUCUAGAAAAGGCCCUGGCUAGACUCUGUGAGGCCCUGGGUGGCGCAAACAGUUAAUGCUCGGCUGCCAACCCCAAGGCUGGAGGUUUGAGUCUACCCAGAGGUGCCUCCAAAGAAAGGCUGUGGGACGUAUGUCUAAAAAAUCAGCCAUUGAAAACCCUAUGGAGCUCAGUUCCACUCUAACACACAUGGGGUCACCAUGAGUCAGAGUCAACUCAAUGGCAACUGGUUUAGACUCUGUGGAUGCAACAUGUUCUGUCAGCUUGGGAGGGUUGUCACAGCCUUCCAAGGACAUAUGCAGAGAAUGGGAAAUUAGGCUCACUUUUUAUUUUUCUAAAACCCAGCUGUUCCCUUCCCUGUCCCUUCCCCCCACGCUAUCUUAACACUGACUGAAAGUGUGUGUGUGUGUGAGAGAGAGAGGGAGAGAGGGGAAGUAUCAGAUGCAGCAGGUUUGAGGUGGACGUGGACUUCCAUAUAUGACGUUACCCUGGCAGCGGCGGAGUACACCGUAGUUGCACUAGAGGUGUGAUCUAAGAGGCAAAAACAAUGUUUUUCUCCCCCCCAAAUAUGUCCUUCACGUCUUUAAGUAUUGCUAUCAGAUUCACCCUUGCAAGUUGAGAAAGUGUUUCAGUGCUCAGAAAUAAAAUACGAACAGCCCUGGUAAGAGAACGGUCAAAACCAUUGUCAUUAUUUAACACUCCAGCAGAGCACAGUAACCAAGACCAAGUUUAACUGCUACCCCAGAAACCAGGGGGCAUUUAGGGGGAGGUGCACAGCCCUAACCAAGCUUUCUAAGGCCAGCUGUCU